CUGGUCAACGGCCUCGUGGGGGAAAAGAUUGCCAAAGAAGGCGACACUCUAGAUCCAGAAACAUCCGUUGUGAAGGCUUAUCAAAGCAAACACCGCUCCGUUCGUGUGACGGUGUGGGAUUCGCCCGGAUUGCAAGACGGCACUAAAAACGAAGGCCGAUAUUUGGAAGACAUGAAGAAGAAAUGUUCCAAUAUGGAUCUAAGCAUCUACUGCGUGAGCUUGAAGGAAACACGCUUCUUCCCUAAUUGUCCAGAUAUUCUCGCGAUGAGGAAACUCACAAGCUUGUUCGGGAAAAAAAUGUGGGAGAAUGCAAUGUUUGUGCUCACAUUUGCAAACGUUGCUGAAGACUUGGAUUCGGCAAUACUCGAGGAAGACGACGAGAAGGAGAAAGCAAAGCUGUUCCAAGACAAAGUGAAGCUGUGGAAGAAGACACUAGCUGAAGCUCUCAUUGCAGAAGUUGGUGUGGAUAAAGAAGUUGCCGAGCGCAUCGAAGUUGUUCCCGCGGGACACCAAUACAUACCUGCGCUCCUAGAUCGCCACCACUGGCUCAGCCCCAUUUGGUUUGCUGCUCUUUACGCCAUGCACCCCCGCGCUCAGCCUGCGAUGGUCAAACUCAACCGCCACCGCAUCGUAAACAACCCAAAAGAAAUUCGUGAUGAGGACCUCACGAAAUUUAUCCAUGAGCAGCCGAUAAUAUUCUCGAGCCGUGGUGCUCUCGUUGGCGAAAAAUACGGGAGCAGUGAAUUGGGGCAAGCUAUUGGGUCCAUGAUAGGAAAAAACGAGUCUGCCGAUUUGAAGGUUGCCCUUGAGCUACGAUAUACACUUCUAGAGCUUGCCAAACGCUAUGGCCAGGCAUUCCUACACGUAAUCAGAGAUUUGUUCAGAGGAAAGGAGGAAGAUGUCUCAGAAGUAGUUUAG